GCCCCGUCAUCGACGCCGAGGGCGGGUGUUGGAGGGGCUGCGAACCGGGGACCCAGGGGGAAGAACAAAAGGACUCGCAGCGGCCUCAACAGAGCGCAUCUGCACAUAGAAGCAGCAGGAGUGCACACAACGUCGCUUCGCGCCACGCCGGAGCCACCGCGUGACAAGUACUGGACCCUCCCCGUAGAUCCACGAACGAUGCCCGACGAGGAAGGCUUGUGGUCCUUUCGGCACCUCGAACAAGUACAAGAGAGCCUCGAGCAGUUGCGGAAAAAGCGUGAGGAAGAGUGGGGACAGCAUAAGGAGCAGGAGGACGACCACCGGGUCGAGCGGAGGUUUAGUGGAUCAUUUGGGGCUCUUAGCGCUGGCAGAACAACAGACCUUCCUGGUCAUGGUCAGCAGAUCACUAGUAGAACAGGUCGGCACAACCUUCACCAAGAAGAUGAACCAGCAGAGCACAAUCCCCGACUCGACGUCAGAACAAAUUCGAGUGGUUUUAGAAGUACUCGCAAAAGUACUACAGCAACCUUCCAGGAUGAAGACUCCACGAUGAGUGUUGACGACCAAGAACAACUUCCAAGACCUGCACCAGUAGCAGCUCGAGCCGGCAUCGCGGUAGCCGCGCAACAAGACGACGGGGGGAGAAGCACGCUGAAUCAAGAAGAAAAAGAAAAGCGACAAAAUGCGGAAAGCAAAAGCCUCACACCCCCACCACCUCCUUCGUCGCCGGAUGGACCCUCCAUAAGUGGCACUGCAACUGCAGCUGCAUUCGGCCGCGCGGCGGCGGCGAUUAAGUCAAUAUCAGGUUCUCAUCCUGCAGGUCUUGCAGAAGCAGAUACGCCAGCCUUCGAGCUUCGAAUUGAUGAACCUGUCUUCGGUAAAAACCCAGCUAGCUGUACGGAUUGGAACACCAAGAACGCGGAGAAUCUUGAUCAUGUCUCAAAUUACCCCUCAGAUGAGGUGCCAGCCGCGGCCUUCUGCGUGCGGCCUCCGCCCCCAACACCGAAGCAACCACCUCCGCCAACUCCGAAAACCGGGAAAUGGGGUGCCAUGGGCGGUGGGGGUAUGGGUGGCGGGGAACAGGUUCCCACCUCGUUGCGAAGAAGCACAGAAGCGGCUGAUUUCUCUUUGUUUAACGCACACACCAGGAGCGGCCAUCACGACCGAUCCAAUUCGGUGACGCCUGGACCAGACGAGGACUUUGCCGAGAAGGAGGAAGGAGUUCGCGCCGCUCAUGAAAGACAUCAUCAUCGGGGCCUUGAUAACGGCGGACACACUAAGGACGAUGAAGACGAUCCGUUUGGGAGCGAUGACGAAGAUGAGGAGGACGAAAUAGCAGAAUGGUCGCCAGCCACAGUCCCGGAGGAGGACGAUGUGAUGGGCAGCACCGUCGAGACCGCCGCAAGCGCAGCGGAUCCGGAUCCUCCUCGAAAUGGAGGAGAUAAUCAAGUUCCGGGACGAGGAGCGAUUGUGCGCCGCACCAGCAGUUUCUCCAGCGAAACAAUUUGCUCUGACAGCACCCGGGAACCCAGCGUCGCGGCCGGUUCGUUUUCCACGAACCCAGCGUCAUCUGCUGCGGGCUCGCGCAGCGACAGCAUGGAGCGCAUGCGGGAAGAAGCACGGGUUGGAGGCCAUCAUUUAGAAGGCAGCCAUUAUCCGCCCUUGAGCGCCGGUGGAGGUGCUACCAACCCCGGCUCACCCAAGAUGGCCGAUCCUAGGCUGAUGUUUUCAUCAUCAUAUUAUGGGAUGAUGAAAACGUCACAAUCGUUCAGCAACAAGAAUAAUGAUCGAGAGCGAGAGCUGCCUCGUGGAGGUGGAACAAAGGUCAAGCAGGGCAGCAUCAGGAGCCAGCUCGAUGUGGCUAAUGCAACUGCAGCUGCCCGUGCUGCCGCCGAGGCUGAUGCGAAGGAACAGCAGGGCUCACCAGAUGAGGAAGUUGGUGUCAACUUUAGCGGGCCUAUGCGCCCUGUUGCGUCCACAACGACCACAUCAGCCGAGGUAACACCAUACCCUCCGUUCGUGCGGCAGAAUGGUGCAGCGGGAUCGUUUGCAAAACAUCACGUAGAUGCAGAAGCUGCAUCGUCCCCGGUUAAAGUUAAAGCAACGCCGAGACCGCAGCCUGGCGCCCAGGAAGAUGUUGCAAUGCCACCAGCACGACGAGGACUCACGCCUGAAACAUCAGAGGCUCCUGGUCGAUUUGGUUCCCCUGCAGAAGACAGUACUGGUAGGAUCAGUAGUACAAGUACUAAUUCUAAUGUCGCGACGACCACUGGUGGUCCGCGAGAUGCAGAUCCAACGGACGAGACAGCAGAAGACCCGUCUUUGAAACGGCCAGCAGUGCAAGAAGAUCCGAGCAGUCAGCAACAUCAGUUGCACUUUUUCGCCGUUCCAAAGAGCGCUGCGAAACCUGCUGUGGCGGGUGGAUUGCCGUUAGCUGGAGGAUUAGGGUCUUCGCUGCUUGCGCCACCGCGUUGCACGUCGAGCCCCAGCUCCCGCCCGUCUCGCACGCGCACCGGCAGUAGCAGUCGCGCCAGGCCGGGGAGCAGCAGUGGCAGUAGCAGCAGCCGUGGUGGUGCGAGCUGCGACGCCAUUCCGGAAGAGGGGCCCUACGAGGGUGGCCAGGAUAACUACGAGACCUUUCCGUCAGUGCCGCCAAGUGGGUUUCUCGAGAAGCUGUAUCCGAAGUGGAUCGACGCCAUUGCGGACGAGAAGAAGGAUAUGGCAGAAAAGCAUUGUGUAAAGCGUAACUUUGUGCUGUAGACGCUGUUGCAAGAUAGUUAGAGUUACUCAAUUGAUGUGAUGCUGGACAUGAGUGGUCACUCAUAGACUAGCUCCUUGCGUGUUUUUUUCACGUUCUGCCUGCGCAUGAGGUGCGGUGCCAUGCCAGACAGAUUUGUCAUGCUGUUUUCCCAGAAGAGUUACACUAACACAGUUUUUUUCCUUGAUAAAGCAGCCAGACGAAUGGACGAAGCAGGCCUUCCGCUACCUCGAUUACCACGGUUGGCCCGCGGGCAGUUUCAUGGCCACUAUGAAGAUCUCCGCGAAGAUGGAUCUGAAGCCCCGCGACAGAACCACAAACACCGGAGGUCCGGAAAGCUUUCCCAGCCCGAUAUUGGUGGAGAUGAAGGAGCCCGUCGUACCCCAGAGAAAAAUGUCCGCUGACGGCAUGAUUCGCAACGCGAAAGCCUCGGAAAUUGCGGCCUCCUACGCAUGCGGUCGGCCGCAAGAUGUUAAGGGAGCUCCUGCAGCGAGCACGGGCACGGCUGCGGCAGCAGGGACGUCGAGGACGAACAUCAAGCGUGAUAUUACAGGUUCAUCAACAGCACCAUCUUCGGCUCUAAGUAGCAUAUCCUCCAAAACGGCUGCGGAAGCUGCACUAGCUGCGUUCAGUUGUUGCGGUGUGCGGGAAGAGAGAAAGGACGUGGCAAUGAAAGAGGGAGCGUCCAGUGUCCUACAACAAGCUACCGGGGUAGAUGGAAGCGGAAGGGUACUAGAAGUAGAAGCGAAUUAUGGUGCUGACUUGGAUGGGCUCGCGGGGGCUCUUAGCGCAAUGAACCUCGAUCACGAGGAAGGAGCUUUGGUGGAUGCUGAUGAGCAACCUGGCGUUCUAACCGAAAUCCAGCUUCCGCCGGCAGCAGUCCCAGUCGGAUCUUACACGACCAAGAACAUAGAUAUUGCACCGGACCACCAGCAAGACGCUUGCAUGUCGCCAACAUCGCAGCAGCAUGAUCUUGAUCAGCAAUUUCAAGCUCCUCUUGAUGGAAGUAGAAGUAGAUGUGGAACAGAUGAAACCAGUACUACAACAGAAACGGAUUGCGACAUGGAUUGUGGUGCGUUAUCGCCGACAGUAGUCUGCCACCAAGAAGAAGAGCAACAGAGUGCUGAGCUGCAACACUAUCGCAGGGAAUUCAUCAUGCGUCGCGCAUUCUACUGGCUUCUCCACUGGGGCAACACAGGAGCAUUGCUGAAAGCAACUCCACCGAGCGACAAAGCAACAGGUGGCGUGGGCAGCAAUCCAGGCGUGGAAUUGCAUCACAAAGACCAACAACUGCAGCAACCUGCGCAACCGUUAUUGAAUGUGAAGCGGAAACGGUGGUGGAAGACAGAAAUCGAGCUGGAAACCGCCGUCGAGGGAUUCGAGAGCGACGACGACGAGACUGCCACUUCCGCGGGGGGGAAAAGAAGCGCACCGAAGCAGCCGGAAAAGUAUCUUUUGCUCUGCUACGACGAGAACCCCAGUCAGUGCGAACAGGAGCAUUUUGGGAACCGGAAUAAAAGCGCGGUCGGCGGGAAACGACAACCGGCGAGUCCGGAACAAGGGCCGACACCAACCGCCUACGAAGCGAGAAUGGGAGCUGGAGGAUCGAGUACUUCUACACAGAUGAAGACGUUUCUGGGAGCGAGUGGUAUACAUCAUUCAAACUCUUUCUGUGAAAAUUGUUCGCAGGAAGUAACCCUGAGCGGCUUUUUUUCUAGUCGUGCCGCGAUGAUGAGUCACGGCGUUGUAAGUAGAAGUAGCCCGCCAAUGCAAAAAUAACUUCCACAUCUUUUCUUGUGUCGUACAUAUACAUUUCUUCAAGAUCUUCAAGAGACUCCUAAUUUAAACUACAGGCUCAGGCGAGCAUCGAUUUUCCCAGCAGCAGAGGUCUUCCGGCCCUAUCAAGGCGAAGCCCGGACUUCUGCGGGAGCUGAAGCACUGGAAGCUUUUCCAGGGAAUGGAAGAUUUGAACGCGAGAUACUACCUGCCUUACCCAGUCAAGAAUCGACCAUCCAAAAUGGCAGCACCGCAAGAGCGGCAUCCCGGAGCUGGAGGUGGCUUAGGAGUAGAGCACGAUGCUUCUACGACUUCUGCAGCUCUCCAACAACCUGCUUCCGACCAGGAACUCGGAGCGAGCGCCGCAAGUGGCAGCGGAGCAACGGCUGCUCGCGCCAACAAGCGAAAGGCACCCUCAGCUCCAGUGACCGCGCCGCCACGAGCGGUGUUUGCCCAAGGGCUUUCGAAGCCGGUCAAGGACAAGGUACUCGUCAAGUUUUUGUUUUUGGGCGACCCGGACGCAAGGCAGAAAAAACGCCUCAAUGAGGACGUCAAGUGGCACUGGGCGAAUCUACAGGACAAAAUGAAAAACGACAAAAUGACGGCUAGUACGAUGGCUUGGGCAGGAGAUGGCAAAGCGAUGUAG